AUGUCUCACCUUCUCAGACCGGCAUAUGUGUUCCGCGCACAGACGUAUACGGGUUACGUCCCGCAAGAAGGCGAACUCAUGCGCUUCCUUGGCUUCAAGGAUGGUUUUCUAGAGCUAUCUCUCGUCGAGAGCGCUACCGCCGUUCAAGAUGGCAUUGUGCCGAAGCUCGAGAAUAUGAAUAUCGAGCAUGAAGAACCGGUUCUAAGUGCAGCAGAGGUCAAGGCGGAUGCGAACUCAACAGAAUUGGCCGGUACAUCUCCAGCUCGCGCCAUCGACUUGAUGGACACGGACGACGAAGAUGCACUCGCAAAUCCUGAUCAUCAGGAAGACGACGACGACGAUACCCCGCUCGCGCAAGUCAUGGCGACGACUGCCGGCGCCCCCGUCUUACCUGCGCAUGCUGUCCGUACGGUCAGGCCAUUGAUCAGGCGUGCUGGGAAGCCGACGAAAGACGAGAAGCUCGACAUGGCGAUGUACAUUGUCGGCGAGAAGCUCACCUCCGACAUGACAUAUCCGUCGUCGUGGGCGAAGUUUCGCAAGUCAAAAGACCAUAAGAGGAGGGCCGCUGUUACUUGGGUUAAGAUAUACCGAAACAAUAGAGAAGAAAUCGAAGAGAAAGUCUGUGAGAUGCGGGCAAUCAUUCAGCGACGCGCACCUGCGCCGAAAGAAACGGAGAAGACCCCAAUUCUCACCCGGAUGGUAUGA